GUUAACAGAUUUUAAAAUUAUUAUUAGUUAUAAAAUAAAACGUAGGUAGUUAAUGCUUGUUAUUCGAUUGUUUUGGCAGUUACGUUUGGUGUUUAAUAUAUUUUACAUUAAUUUUUUUUUAUAAAUUUAUAUAUUAUUAAAUUAUCACUAUGAUAAAGGCUAUUCUUGUCUUCAAUAAUCACGGAAAGCCUCGGCUAUCCAAGUUUUAUCAAUACUUUAAUGAAGAUAUGCAGCAACAAAUUAUCAAAGAAACAUUCCAUUUAGUUUCUAAGAGAGAUGAUAACGUAUGCAAUUUUUUAGAAGGCGGAAGCUUAAUUGGUGGCUCAGAUUACAAAUUGAUAUAUAGGCAUUAUGCUACACUGUAUUUUGUCUUCUGUGUAGAUUCUUGUGAAAGCGAGUUAGGAAUCUUAGAUCUAAUACAAGUUUUUGUGGAAACAUUGGAUAAAUGUUUUGAAAAUGUUUGUGAAUUGGAUUUAAUUUUUCAUGCUGAUUCAGUACAUUUUAUAUUAAAUGAACUAGUAAUGGGAGGCAUGGUUUUGCAAACUAAUAUGUCUGAAAUUUUAAUGAGGAUAGAAGAACAGAAUAAGUUACAAAAGCAGGAAGCAGGUAUUUCUGCAGCACCGGGAAGGGCUGUUAGUGCUGUUAAAAACAUGAACAUACCUCAACAAAUUAAGGAUAUAAAAUUACCUGACCUCCCACAAGCCAUAAAAGAUUUGAAAUUCUGACCUCUUGCUCUGAAGAAUAAUUUUCCAGGAGAAGGAGAUAUUUCAAAAGUGCAAUCUGAUUCAAAAGAACAUAUUUCAACAAGUUUGAAAAGUUCGCAUGAACGUGAUAUUACAAGUAAACAGUAUAUGUAAAAUUCAUCGACUUUUCCAUUUCAUAUUGGCAAAGUAAGUGGACUUUUUCAAUCUGUAUGUAUUUACUGAUACUACACCUUUACGAUGAUAAAAACUGUAUUUGCGUAUUUUAAGCAGGGUGGUAGUGCAGUGAUAGGUAAAAUACCUAUAAAAUAAUCUAAUAUUGAAAAUGAGCUCUUUGUGAAGAAUUUCAUAAUUUGAAAAGGUUUUAAAAAUGUA